AUGGAAGAAGGAAAUAGUGUGCAAGUUUUAGAAAAAAUAUCUAGCGAAGUAGAUGAAUCCCAAAUAAAAGUAAUUCUAUCAAGCCAGUGUAUCAAGGCUCAAGCUUUUUUACUUGAAAAACUGAAAAAACAAUCUGAACGCCAUAAGGAAACCUGCAGCUUCAUCAGUAGCGCGAACUUGAAAGUGGAGACUGAAAUAAAACAGGCCGAACAGGAAAUAAGGAGCAUGUUAAUUGCUCAAGAGACUUUAAAAUCAGCUAAUGUUGAAAUAAAAAAAGAAUGGCUUUUGGCUAAAAAUCGAAAAGCAGAUAUAAUAGAACACGUAAACGAAGGAAUAAAGAAGUAUGAGGCUAAGUGGUCAGAGUGUAAAACAAGAUAUGAAAGUAUACCAUUUGUUCAAAAUUUACUACAAUCUCUGGAAAAACAAAAAACAACUGACCAAACUAUCAACGACAUGGAUAAAGAGAUAACAAAACUUUAUGACGAAAUGGAAAUACGACGUAAAAAAUGUAAUGAAUUAAACAUAAUACGAGCCGUUGAACUUGCUAAUUUUAUGAUUCACGAACGGCCAAAAACAAUAAAAACACUUAAGGAAAAAGCUGAGAUGAUAAACAGUUUAACUCAAGACAUUGAACUGUUACUGAAAGAUAGAGCUGAAAAUAUGAUUGCUGUAGCAGUUACCGAACCUAUGAAGUUAAAUGAAUUCAAAGGAGAGGAGGCGUUGAAUAAACAUGCCGAUAAUAAUCUUUCUCAAUGGGAAGACGAUCCACUGAUUCCGAAAUUAGAUCUAGCCAACUUCGAUCUAGAUAUUAGUGAUGUUAAUUUAGAUCAGGUAAAGAUGAAAAAGGACGAGAUUCUUAAUACUCUUCCGAGUAGAACCAAUUCUAUUCUACAAAUUGUUGAGAAGAAUGUUGAACACGAGAAAGCAUACGAAUACAUGAUAUCUCCAUAUUUUACACCUUACAAGGAGGAUAGGUCACGCAAUUUUUCUGAAAGAAAACUAAUUAAUAUUCUUGAAGAUAUCAAUAUCAAUAGCGGAGAUGUCUACAAUAUUGUAAAGAAGGUGAACCCUGAGAAACUGAAACCUGUAGGUGAAAUUUCAGUUGAUGCAGCUAAACACUACAAAGAAUCGGUAGCUUGUCAAAAAGAUCAGGAUGAUAGAAAAAACGAACCUAUAGUAAGUGAGAAAAUUGAGGAAAUCGAUUUGACAUCGUCUACCGUCGAAAAUAUUAUAAUACCUCCAACCCAAUUUUUGGAUAUUACAUUAUCGGAUGAUACACCAAGAAAGAGAGUCUGUUUCGAUUUGUCAUGUUCAAUGCAAAUAAAUGAAAUAGAUGAGAGUAAAGAAGACAUGGAGGAAGUUAAUGAACCUAUCAAUCAAUCUUUGUGUACCCAGUUAGAUGUAAGCACUGCAAGUGACGAAAGUUUAAUGAGGAUGAAAGAGAUAUUACUGAAAAAACAUAAUUUGGAUCUGUCGCCUCAAUUUGUGUAUGCUAAGAACAAUGUGUUGCAAAAGAAAGACGAUGAUAAAAUUAUAACAUCGAAAUUUUUCGAAAAUCAUACGGAAACCAUAAUAGUAAAUGACCAUGAUGAUAUAGCAAUGGAGGUUGAUGAACAACCAGAACCUGCAGAAACAGAAGAAACCUUGAAACCUCAAGAGGAUGUACAAGCAAUACAGUCUCCCAAAGAUGGCAUUGUAAUGCCAAUGGAUGAAGAUAAAAUGAUUAUUUCCACUUCUCAAACAAAUAAAGUAAAUUUAAAGCCGUUUGAGGAGCAAAAUUCAGAGAAAACUGUAGCUGGUUUACUUUUUACACAUGGACGUCAAGAGAUUCCUGAUUCACUUAAUGUGUCUUUAAGUACAAAUGGAUAUGAAGACUCUGAUUUUCCACAUUGCUUUGAUUCCAGUCUUCUUCUAUCACCUAAAGCUAAUGUACUAGCUGAAGGAGAUAAUAAUGAAGCUCUAUCACAAGAGGUUCCUAAUUUUCUUUCAGGAUUUCGUAAAGCAGGUUUGUCUUUUUUUGGUGGACCAUCAGCAUCAUCGGAACCCAAGCCAGAAUUAAAUGCAACAAAUGAACCCACUAAUUUCAGUUUUAAUUUUGGAGGGGACAAUAAAAACAGAGGUGGUCUAUUUAGCUUGUUUCGUUAA